AUGGCACGCCGUAUAGUUAUACUUAUAAUGAUUUUAUUUAAAUCUGAUUUUCCUUAUGGAUUAUUUGCUUUCAUAUCAUUUUUUACUAUUCCACCAAAAUAUUAUUUACGAAUUGUUUUUGUAUUUGUUAAUUUAUCAUUACCAAUGGUCAUGAUUUCUCUGUUUCAAUUUACUAGCAAACUUAAAACAUCUGUAAUGAAACUAUUAAAAUAUCGACCAAAUGUAAUAAUUGCACCAAUAACAUAA